CCAGUGAUGUCUCAUAGUCAUAUGAUCUAGACAACAUAAAUACGAGUCUGUAGCAGUGACAUUUCUGUGAAUUUGACUCUAUAAAACACAUUUUUCUACAUCUUUCGACACCGAUCAACGGCACAUUACAGCAAUGGCGGCAUUGGUUGGAGGUCCAUCCGCGGUGAAGCAAGCCACGGCCGAGGUGCAGAAGAUCUGCGAUGAGGUCAAACAUUAUGCCGAAGAGAAGGCAGGGAAGAAGUUUGCCGCUUUCAUUGCCAAAUCUUUCACCACUCAGGUCGUGGCCGGAACCAACUUCUUUAUCAAGGUAGAUGUAGGAGGCAAUGAAUUCGUUCAUCUGAGGGUUCACAAGUCUCUUCCUCACAGUGGAGAAAAACUCCAGCUGCACAGCAUCCAGACGAUGAAAACCCAACAGGAUCUUAUUGAAUACUUCUAAUACAUGCACACAGAUAAUAAAAUCCCAUACUGUAUUCAAAAUAAGUUGAUAUGUGUGACAUAUUCAAAUAAUGCUGUUGCAAAAGCUUUAUUCAUUUCUACACCAUCAGUCCAGUGCCUACUGUACGUAGAGGAGUUUUAUAAGACCAACACAUCUUUGUUUACUUUGACAAACAUUUUACUUUGUUGAAGUACUUUGUAAAUCAGCAUUCCAAAUCUGUUUUUUAGACAAUAAUGGAACUUCUAAAAUAAAGGGAAAUAAAUUUCAUAUUUCAAAUGGCAA